AUGACCUUUCACCCUGAUUCUCUGCCAGAACUUACUGGCAAGGUAUACAUUGUGACUGGAGGAAACUCUGGCAUUGGCUAUUACACCGUCGCUCGUCUUGCACAGCAUGGAGCACAAGUCUAUAUGUGUGCUCGGUCCCUUGAGAAAGGCAAUACUGCUAUCAAACGCAUCAAACAACUAUAUCCACAAGCCAAAAUAACCCUUUUGCGCAUCGACCAUCUCGAUCUGUCUAGUGUGGUCGCUGCAGCCAAACAAUUCCUCUCUAAGGAAACUGCCCUCCAUGGCCUAGUUAACAAUGCUGGUAUCAUGGCAACCCCAUUCGAGAUCACAAAGGACGGGUACGAAGCGCAAUGGCAGACCAACCAUCUCGCUCACUGGGUGUUCACCUCCCAUCUCCUUCCUCGUAUGCUCAGGACUUCACAAACUCUUCCGAAAGGUGGCGUCCGUGUUGUGAACGUAUCCUCAUCAGGUCAUUGGUUUGGACCAAAGAAUGGGAUCGACUUCGCCGACACAUCUCUCCGUGACGCUAACAGUAUGGCUCGCUAUGGUCAAUCCAAACUCGCCAAUGUUUUGCACAUCAAGACGCUGCACAACUUGUAUGGGCCUGGAUCACCUACCGCCACAUCCGGUCAAGGAGAAAUUUGGUGCUCGAUCGUGCAUCCCGGCUUGGUAGAGAGCAACCUCGGCCAACAUGCAGACUUCCCAUCAUGGAUAAAGUGGUCUGCCGAUUUGUUCGGCAAACUCGGGGGGCGGUUUCACCCUGAUAAGGGCUCCUGGACAAGUGUGUUUUGUGUUGCUAGUCCUCAGAUGAAAUCAGAACAGAGUGGAGUGUAUUUUCAAAGGAUUGCGGAGGUUGGGUGGCAGAGUAAGCAAGCCAAGGAUGCAGCGCUGGCCGAGAAGUUGGAGGAUUGGACAAAGACUGAGAUGAAGAGGUGGCUGGAUUGA